CAGCAGCAGCAAAGGCUCCAGCGCUUCUCUGAUGCAUCAUCGCGGAUGAGCAUCCCGGUCCCAUAGGCUGUCAGGGUAGACUCUCGACAUCUCUCCGUACAGGACCUCUGCGGUCAAGCCUUUCUACCAUCAACACACGUGCGUGUUUUUAGUCUUGUUUUUUCGUAUCUCUUUUUUUUUUUUUUUGCUGUCUCGAAUUCAGUCAGUCUCUGCGUCGCGUUUGGCAGGGAUGCCCGCAGUUGACAUCUUUUGGCUGGGAAUUUACUUCGGAGGUGAUUUCGCAUCCGCAACAUCUGUCAGCGAGUGAUUGAUUCGUGUCCACUCUGUUGGAGACAAUCUCAGUGUUUUUCUGCGCUUUCCCCGGGACAUCCUUGUGCUUCUAAGAAUAGUGGUUCAAAAUAAAGGUGAACAGGAAGAGAGGGCUGGCUGUUUGACUGGACAUCGAGUGGAUGACGGACACCCAAACCCAGUAGCUCUCCCUCUGCAGCGUCCUUGGAAUAUUUUCACACAGGAACUGUUAGGGAAUAGAAAUAUUUUCACAGUCUGCAGUCCUCAGCGUAAGAGAAGUUUGCCCAUUGCAGGGGGCUGUUGCGGCUGUCGUGUCUGCACUAUUUUGCUGUACGAUUUCCUCGGCGGACGGGCGUCUGAGAAUCCCGGAGGAGCCCGACUUUGCGAUGCCAAAACAGUGAGAGUGCGGCGGGCUCUCUUUUGGUCACCCUGCGCGGUAGCAUGGCUCCAGCCCGGAGGGACUGCAGUGGCUGGGAGAUGCUCCUCCCGACGGGAUGCCUGCUCCUCUCUGUUUUGCUGUUUCACCCUGCGCUGGCCAAGGUGUGCAACGACCGCACCAAACACGGACAGGACAACAGCUGGUUCACCAGGGACGGGAAAAACUUGCCCAUCAUGGUUCUCAUGCCCAUGAACAAGUCAGCCCCAAUGAGCGGCAUCAGCCGCGGGAUCCAGCCCGCGGUGGAACUGGCCAUCCAGCACAUAAAUGAGUCCGGGAAGUACUCCUUCUCACUCAUCACCGAAAUCUUCGACACCGAGUGUGACAACGCCAAGGGGCUGAGGGCCUUCUUUGAUGCCAUAUGCUACUAUCCCAAACACCUGAUGAUCUUCGGCGGUGUCUGUCCAUCUGUGACCUCCAUCAUUGCAGAGUCUUUGGAGGGUUGGAAUCUGGUGCAGUUGUCCUUUGCAGCCACAACACCAGUUCUGGCAGACAAGAAAAAGUACCCCAACUUCUUCCGCACUGUGCCCUCGGACAACGCUGUGAACCCUGCUGUGGUCAAGUUCCUCAGCUACUACAACUGGAGCCGCGUGGGGACGCUAACACAGGACGUUCAGAGAUUCUCAGAGGUGAGGAACGACCUGACGAGUGAGCUGGAGAAAGCCGACAUUCAGAUAGCAGAUACAGAGAGUUUCUCCAAUGACCCCUGUGUCAAUGUCAAAAAACUCAAGGACAAUGAUGUCCGGAUCAUCAUUGGUCAGUUCGAUGAGCACCUGGCCUCCAAAGUCUUCUGCUGUGCGUAUAACUUGAACAUGUUUGGCAGUAAAUAUCAGUGGAUUAUUCCCGGCUGGUAUCAGGGCAACUGGUGGGAGCAGGCCAACACCACCAACUGCACCACCAAGAAACUGCUCACAGCCAUGGAGGGGUACAUCAGUGUGGACUUUGAGCCACUCAGUGCUCGGCAGAUCAAGGGCAUCUCUGGCAGGACCCCUAAAGAAUAUGAAAGGGAAUACAGCCGAAAGCUUCAGCAGAAAGGUGCAGAGUCCAGUAAAUUUCACGGCUUUGCCUACGAUGGGAUCUGGGUCAUUGCUAAAACCUUGACUCGAGUGAGGGAAGUGCUGCGGAUAAAACAGAGGCAAAGCGGCUACCACAACUUCACCGUCGACGACCGCGAAGUGGGAAAGAUGGUGCUGGACGUCAUGAACGAGACCAACUUCUUUGGUGUUACAGGUCAAGUCAUGUUUCGGAACGGAGAGAGGAUGGGCACAAUAAAAUUCAACCAGUUUCAAGAGGGCCAGGAAGUGAAGGUGGGAGAGUACAACGCCAUUGCUGAUGUGCUGGACCUCAUCAACAACUCCAUAAGGUUCCAAGGUGUGGAGCCUCCCAAGGAUCGUACAUUCGUGCGUCUGCAGCGCCGCCACAUCAACGUGCCCCUUUACAGCAUCCUGUCCACCAUCACUAUACUGGGCAUGCUCAUGGCCGGAGCCUUCUUGUUCUUUAACAUAAAAAACCGCAACCACAGACUAAUCAAGAUGUCCAGUCCUUACAUGAACAACCUGAUCAUCCUGGGCGGCAUGCUCUCCUACGCUUCUAUCUUCCUGUUCGGUCUGGAUGGAGGCUUCGUCUCUGACAAGGAGUUUGAGACCCUCUGCACUGUUCGGACGUGGAUUCUCAUUGUUGGAUACACCACAGCUUUUGGAGCCAUGUUUGCCAAGACCUGGAGGGUGCACGCCAUCUUUAAGAAUGUCAAGAUGAAGAAGAAGAUCAUCAAGGACCAGAAGUUGUUGAUUAUUGUAGGUGGGAUGCUGCUCAUCGACUUGUGCAUCCUCAUUUGCUGGCAGAUUGUGGACCCACUUAGGAGGACUGUCGAAGAAUACAGCUUGGAGGCGGACCCCCAAGGCCGGGACAUCUCCAUCCGUCCCUUCUUGGAGCAUUGUGAGAACACCCAUAUGACCAUCUGGCUGGGCAUUGUCUACGCCUACAAGGGAUUGCUAAUGUUGUUUGGCUGUUUCCUGGCAUGGGAGACCAGGAACGUGAGCAUCCCUGCCCUCAAUGACAGCAAAUACAUCGGAAUGAGUGUGUACAACGUGGGCAUCAUGUGCAUCAUCGGCGCCGCUGUGUCUUUCCUGACCAGAGAUCAGCCCAAUGUGCAGUUCUGCAUCGUAGCGCUGGUGAUCAUCUUUUGCAGCACGAUCACACUCUGCCUCGUCUUUGUUCCCAAGCUUAUCACGAUGAGAACCAACCCUGAUGCAGCGACCCAGAACAGGAGGUUAAAGUUCACCCAGAACCAGAAAAAGGAAGAUUCCAAGACCUCAACCUCGGUCACCAGUGUCAACCAGGCUAACACUUCUCGGCUGGACGGGCUACAGACCGACAACCACCGCCUCCGUAUGAGGAUAACAGAGUUGGACAAGGAGCUGGAGGAAGUGACCAUGCAGCUGCAGGACACUCCAGAGAAAACUCCCUACAUCAAACAGAACCAUUACCCCGACGCAAAUAACAUCCUCAGCAUACGCAACUUCACAGAUGGCAAAGCAGACGGAGAGAAGUCGAUACUGAAGAACCACCUGGAGCAGAAGCCUCAGGCCCAGUGGGGCUCCAUGGAUCCUUCCAGAAUAAACAGAGGUCCCCUGGAGGAUAUCAACUCACCUGAACACAUACAACGUCGACUGUCCUUGCAACUUCCCAUCCUGCACCAUGCCUACUUACCUUCCAUAGGAGGGAUCGAUGCCAGCUGCACCAGCCCCAGCGGCAGCCCUGGUUCCAGCCCGCGCCACAGACACAUGCCCCCCUCCUACCGGGUAAUGGUCUCUGGCCUGUGAGCUUCACGCACUCCUCCGCCUGGCUCUUUGCAGAGGAGACUAACAUGGUUCCUUUUUUUGUACAACGAAUAGACUGAUAUCAUCAGCAUAAUGUGCGUAUUUUCGUCUUGAAACAAAGAGGACG